UUUUUCCGGGACAAGAUGGCGCCGUCCGCUCCGCUUCUGACGGUCCGAGGAUCAGAAGGACUGCACAUGGUGAAUGGACCACCACAUUUUACAGAGAGCACAGUGUUUCCAAGAGAAUCUGGAAAAAAUUGCAAAGUCUAUACCUUUAGUAAGGAUGGGACCUUGUUUGCCUGGGGCAAUGGAGAAAAAGUAAAUAUUAUCAAUGUCACUAACAAGGGACUGCUGCACUCCUUCAACCUUCCAAAGGCAGUUUGCCUUGAGUUCUCACCAAAAAGCACUGUCCUGGCAACGUGGCAGCCUUACACUAAAACAAUUACUGCAAAAAAUUUUAUUGCAGCUUCUAAAGAUGGCACAGCUGGGAUACCCAACCUACAACUUUAUGAUGUGAAAACUGGGACAUGUUUGAAAUCUUUCAUCCAGAAAAAAAUGCAAAAUUGGUGUCCAUGCUGGUCAGAAAAUGAAAUCAUUUGUGCCCGAAAUGUUAACAAUGAAGUUCACUUCUUUGAAAACAACAAUUUUAACACAAUUGCAAAUAAAUUGCAUUUGCAAAAAAUUAAUGAUUUUGUGUUAUCACCUGGACCCCAGCCAUACAAGGUGGCUGUCUAUGUUCCAGGAAGUAAGGGUGCACCUUCUUUUGUUAGAUUGUAUCAGUACCCCAACUUUGAUGGACCUCAUGCAGCUUUAGCCAAUAAAAGUUUCUUUAAGGCUGAUAAGGUUACUAUGUUAUGGAAUAAAAAAGCUACUGCUGUGCUGGUAAUAGCUAGUACGGAUGUUGACAAGACAGGAGCCUCCUACUACGGGGAACAAACACUGCUCUACAUUGCAACAAAUGGAGAAAGUGCUAUAGUGCAAUUACCAAAAAGUGGCCCCAUUUAUGAUGUAGUUUGGAAUUCUAGUUCUACUGAGUUUUGUGCUGUUUAUGGUUUUAUGCCUGCCAAAGCGACAGUUUUUAACUUGAAAUGUGAUCCUGUGUUUGACUUUGGAACUGGUCCUCGUAAUGCAGCCUACUAUAGCCCUCAUGGACAUAUAUUAGUACUAGCUGGAUUUGGAAAUCUGAGAGGACAAAUGGAAGUGUGGGAUGUUAAAAACUACAAACUUAUUUCUAAACCAGUGGCCUCUGAUUCUACUUACUUCGCGUGGUGCCCAGAUGGUGAGCAUAUUUUAACAGCUACGUGUGCUCCCAGGUUACGUGUUAACAAUGGAUACAAGAUUUGGCAUUACACUGGCUCAGUCUUACACAAGUAUGAGGUGCCAUCAGAUGCAGAAUUAUGGCAGGUUUCUUGGCAACCAGUCUUAGAUGGAAUAUUUCCAGCAAAAACAAUAACUUAUCAAGCAGUUCCAAGUGAUGUGCCCAGUGAAGAACCUAAAGUCGCAACAGCUUAUAGACCCCCAGCAUUAAGAAAUAAACCAAUCACCAAUUCCAAACUGCAUGAGGAAGAACCACCUCAGAAUAUGAAACCACAACCAGGAACUGAUAAGCCGUUGUCAAAAACAGCUCUUAAAAAUCAAAGGAAGCAUGAAGCUAAGAAAGCUGCAAAGCAGGAAGCAAGAAGUGAUAAGAGUCCAGAUUUGGCACCUACUCCUAUACCACAGAGCACACCACAAAAUACCACCUCUCAGUCAACUUCUGGAGACCCUGAGACAGACAAAAAAAUCAAGAACCUGAAGAAGAAACUGAAAGCAAUUGAACAGCUGAAAGAACAAGCAGCAACUGGAAAACAGCUAGAAAAAAAUCAGUUGGAGAAAAUUCAAAAAGAGAAAACCCUUCUUCAGGAGCUAGAAGAUUUGGAAUUAGGUAUUUAAAGAUUCUCAGAAAGCAAGUUGGUUACCAGAAGUCAGUGUAAACACAUUUUCUGUUAAACCAUUGGUAUAUAUAGAAUAUCCACAUGCCCACAUUUAAUGUUCAUCUGUAAUUUUAACCAUUUAUCUAAGAUCUGCAUACAUGUGAAUUUAUUUGAUAAUGUCUAUUAAAUUGAUUUUUAAAUUCUGCAUCCUGUAUCAUGUCAACACAUGAUAGGGAAAAGAGACAUGAAUUUUUUAGCAGGGAAAAGAGACAUGAAUUUUUUAGCUAAGCUUGACAGAUUGAAAGACAAAUAACUGUUUUUUAGUGGGGGACAGUAUUUACCAUACAAAUGAAUAAAGAUGUUAAAUUUAA